AUGAUUGGUUUACUUUUACUUUGCGUUGGUCUUGGUACGCGAUCGUGGUAUGUUGAAUAUGACACAACUGGAUUAAUAGCCCAAUGGUAUACAAAUUUUUUCACAACUUGUUACGCUUUAAAUGGUACAUGCUGGAGUAAUGCAAAUUUACUUUCUUCAGUAAGUGCUUAUGAACAACCAAUAACAACAUCAGUAGGUUUAUCAACUGAUUAUUAUCUUCGACUGAGACAUGCAGCAGCUUUAUCAAUACUUGGUAUAUUAUUUGUGGCGUUUGGUGUGAUUGCCACUAUUAUCUUAAUAUUACCUAACAAACAAUUCAAAGUGCUUGGUGGGCGCUUGAAUAUAUUGGCAGCUUUUCUUUUCUUUGUUGCUGCAUUAUUUCAGCGUGCGGCUUUGUCUGAAGGUUCACGUGGAAUGAAUCAUAAUGGUUAUUCAGCUGAUCUCUAUCAAACUGGCCAUGCAUUAACAAUGGUUGCGAUACCAUUGUGUGCAUUUGUUGCUGGAAGAAUUUCAUUUUAA